AAUUGACAUUCUCAUAAUUUUCAUAUUGGAUCAUGCUAGAUUCCCUUCUAUUUCACCAUCAUCUUCAACCUUAACAACGCGUUUUCGCAACCAAUCCAAGACUUUUAAUUCAAGACGUCUCGAUCCCCAACCUUUGGUCUUGGCAUACUCAUUCAUCUACAGGUGGCAGCUCCGAAGCGUCGCCUCCGUUUUAGGAAGAGAAGAGGAAGGAGAAAGGGGAAUAAUUCAUUUGAACGUCACACAGCAAUCCCGAAUUUCGAAAUAUGAUUGAGAGCAUGUCGUGUCGUUGCAAAUCGUAAACUAUCGACGAUUGCCGCCUUUUAUCAACCUCUAACGUAGCCCCUCGGGCAAUUUUCUACGAUGCGAGACCCCACCAUGAAGACCACCAGCCUUCCUAAGAAGUUCCUAAGUCGCCGCGAGAAGAAUAGUCACCGUCGUGGCAGAUCAUCUGAUCCAGCCCAUAAGCAUCGUCCUCUAUCGUCCGAAUCCUUUUUCUCUCUCUUCAAACCAGAAUCUGUUAAACAAUGUGUUAAUCCCGAUACGGAGCGAGAAAAAGAAGCGGCUAAGAUCGACGACAUACGAAGACGAAUUGCAGACCUAGAUUUCCCCCUUCUAAACGAUGACCAGGUCCGAUAUGUGCUUCACUCCAAGUACUCUUCCGGCAAUGUCGAAAAAGCUAUCGAGCUGCUAUCGCUACAGCAGCAAUCCCUCUCCGGCAAGAUUCUUAGUUACAACCCUGCCGUUCACAUGCUUGGAGCUGAAAAUCGAGGAAACGUAACUUGCUACCUUGAUGCCUUGCUUUUUGCUAUGUUUGCGAAGCUUGAGUCUUUCGAAUGCAUGCUGAAAAAUGAAACCACGGAGGAACCGCAGAGGAAAUUAGCUUUACUUCUACGACUUUGGGUGAACAUGCUGAGAAGUGGAAAAUUAAUCGAAACAGACAUGACGGAACAUAUCCAAGAUGCAUUAGCCGCAUGUGGUUGGAGAGAAGCGCAAAUGUUGGAGCAACAGGACACAUCUGAAGCCUUCGCAUUUAUAACAGAGACCCUCCAGCUUCCCCUUCUUACUUUACAAGUCGACUUGUUUCACCAAGGCAAGAAUGACGAUGCGGAUCACAAAGUUGUUUACGAAAGGCUCUUGAACCUUGCCGUGCCACCAGAUAAUGAUGGCAAAGGCAUUAAGUUAGAGGACUGUUUAGAAGAAUACUUUAACUCGCAGGUUGACGUUCUCAGAGACAGCCUCGACGAGAAGAAGGCUGCAGAAAGAUCUAACACACUACCAAAGCCUCUGUCUCCUACGAAUUCGAUCGACUUAGACGAUACUAUUGGGGUUGUUACCGAGGAAACCCAACAAGACGAUGACGAGACUGGUCCUUAUCUAGAGAGAAGAUGGACAGUUGCACCAGAUUCACAUUCCCUUAACCAUCGAAACAGUGGGGAUGUCGAGGCUUCAGGGUCUCAGCCAAUUGUAAAACCAAAUCGGAGCCGAACAGACAGCAUCAUACAACGCGUUGUACUCGACGAACAAGGCAAGCCAACUGAGUCAGAUGCAGCAAGCCUAUUCCAGAGAGCUAAGAAAACAGCAUCUGUUGUCAGAGCUGUAACAAUACCUGCCUGGCAGUUCUUUAGAUUAAUACCUUGGCACUCACCGGCGAAUAAGGAGCCAGAGAGUGAUUUGGAGGUUGCCCGGCAUUUUAACCAAAGACCAGUCGUUGGUAUCUGCCUAAAACGAUACAUGAUGGACGAAAGGGGAGACGUGAAACGACAGAAUACGUACAUUGAUAUCCCUGACAGCUUACGACUACCGCAUUUCAUCGUCGAUGAGAGACAGGUGGAAGAAAGCGGACUCGCCACCGACUACAAGCUCGUGCUUCAAUCUGUAGUGUGCCACCGAGGGGAUUCGCUACAUUCUGGACAUUAUGUCUCAUUUUGUCGUGUUGCCCCCAAGCUUCUCACGGAUAACCGCAGACACGAUAACGAUCCUCCUCCUGAUUACGAAGAGGCACAAUGGGUCAAGUUUGACGAUCUUGCGAUUGACCGAGUCACCCUUGUUGAUGACAUCAAGCAAUCGCUUAAGGAAGAAAUGCCUUACUUAUUGUUCUAUCAGAUUGUUCCGAUAGUAGAGGUAGCGGCCAGUUCGACAGAGGGCACGGACGUAGAACCGCCAUCCUACGAUGACGCUGCGCUUAACCUAACAAACUCCGAGACAUCAGCGGCGCAAAGCCAGGAUAGGCUCAUGGUCUCCCGCCAACCCAGCAGCUACUUUGAUAACUUGAAUGUUCAGCCAUCCACCAACAACAGCAGCAUACGGUUUUCAUCCGAAUUAGAGCGACCACGCCGCAGCUUCGCAGAUGAAGAUGGAUUCCUCAGCGUAUCUCGCCGAGGGAGUAUCUACAACGAUUCAAUCGCCCCAAGCCCGGUCGCAGUAUCAGAGACCCCUUCGCCCGCUGUCACGCCCGGAGAAGAGACUACGGCCCAGAGACUUAGUCGAGCCGCCGCAAGAUUCAGGAGUGGUAACAAGAGCAGGCCUCAAAGCCAGGCUGGCGAUAGUCGCAAGAGUUUAACCGUAACGAGGUUUGGGGGCUUCAUGAAAUCUAGCAAAGAACCACUGCGAGAUUCGGCAUCUACAGAUGCCGAGGACGACUAUGAAUUUGUGGAGAAUGUCAGUAAACCUACCGCUAAGGAGAAUGGGCCAGAUGUAACACCUACGCAGAAAAGAGGGAAAUCGAAACAACGAGUGGACAAAGGAAAGGGAAAGGAGAACAAGAAAAUGAAUUUACCGGAUAGGGAAUGCAUUGUGCAGUAAUGAUACUAUUUUACGUGGUUGGGUCGGUCUGAUUGAUUUGAGAAAUAAGAUACCCGGCAGGCGUUGGCGAUACAGAAUAUAUGCCGCAAGGAAUACGAAAACGGCACGGCUGGUUUAUAGGCAUACGUCGGUAAUGGGUCAAUUUUCUGGUCUGAAAAUUAUUGCAUGAGCAUGGAGCGCUAGAGGACAAGCAGCCACUGGACAGCAUUCAAAAAGGCGUUUUGAGAUUUAUUGAAGUGUUAGGAGACGCGGGUUUGUAUUGUAUAAUGAAUUCAUUAGUGAUACCAGCUGGUCAUACAUGAUGAACAGUAAUCCAGAGGCUGCGGAGAGGCAUC